AUGGUGAUAUCGCCCAAUAACGUAGAAAAAGUACAGACUUGUUUUUCCUGGCCUGUGACUGUCCUGUGGAGCCUAGCUAUUUUUCUCCUCGUUCCUUUUAUUUAUUUAUCAGUUGUCUCACUUUUUGACAUUUUCAGUUCUGGUGGCAUGUUUUUGAACGCGCUAACGCCAAAGUUUUAUGUUGCUCUGACGGGUACCAGCUCUUUUCUCUCAGGGCUUAUAUUGAUCUUUGAAUGGUGGUAUUUCAAGAAAUAUGGGACCUCUUUUAUUGAACAAAUAUCUCUUACACACAUAUACCCUUUAUUGGGUGGUAGUGACGAGGAAAAUGAUUGUGAUAGUGUCGAUUCCGGCCGUGCUCAUAAUGGAAUCCAAGGUUUUUUCUGCUCAUUAUGUUAUGCCUUUCUAUUAGACUGUAAAGUGUCCCGAAAUCCCUAUAGUCUUUUUCGUGGGGCCGAGUAUCAGCGAGCAGCAAAAGAAUUCGGCCAUGAUCCACUAACCUAUUAUGAUAUGAAUUUAUCAGCCCAGGAUCAUCAAACAUUCUUCAUAUGUGAAGCCGAUGCUGGUAAACCCGAGUAUGAAUGUAAGGUUUCAGCGUUUACUUCAAAUAACCACUUAGUGAUGCAAAUGGCAUGGCGGGAGAGAAAUCCUGAAGAACGAAUCAAAAAAGCAAGAGAAGCUUUGGCGAAAAAUCCUGACUAUUGUGGAAUAAAUGCUAAAACAUUCACCGAUGAUUAUUCAACUAUUAUAUUUGAACCGCUGGGAACUGAUUCAAGUUUUAUCUCCAUGCUUGAUUUCAAAUUCCUGAGAAUGAACCGUAUCCCUUUUUUUCAAACAGUAGAGCUGGUCAUUGCAGCUUUUCUGUCGCCGUUGUUUUUCGCUGGCAUAGUCAACAAUAACAUUUGUGUAUCACUAUUUAAUCAAAUCCGACUCUACAAGGUAAUCAAAUGGGGUGAUGUGCUUUUUUGUAAAAGAAGUCCCUCAAAAUAUUUUAUUUGUUCAUAA